UGCGUGUGUGCGUUUGUGUGUGUGUUUAGUCAGUCAGGAAGAGCCACAGAGACUCACACACACAAACACAGCCAGCAGCAGUAAUGAAUGGAGGCUGACCUACAAGCGGCUGGAUAUUGUCGAUAAACGUAUGUCGAACGCGUUGGGGUUUUUCUGUCGAAAUGUUUCGUUAGUAGCGCAAGGGAAGUUCAAGAUUGUGUCACAGAAACCAGACUCGCCCAGUCAGUAACAGACCAGACACACCUGAGCAGACAGGUGUCCGCCCAUCCUCCACACCCCACCAUCCUGGACUCUUAAUCAUAUAUUCGAAGGAUUUGAGUUGGCGUGUGUGCGAGAUUGCCACGAACACAGACACAUCCAGGAGCGUCUUAUAUAACUGAGGAAGCUCUCGUGCAUCAGAAGUGUCGUCCGGUGUGGUGGUUUGCCUGACCGGUGGUGGUGUUGGUCAGACAGCGGGCAGUGCCAUGCCCCAGGCGUAGGUGCGUGUCUCCGGGCAGACUCAGGCGUGGUGGGCCGCCGGUGGGCGUCUGGCUGUGGAAGGUGAUGAAGCUGAAGCAGCGUGUGGUGGUGCUGUGUGCUGUGCUCUUUCUCCUCGGCCUGGCCAAGGUCUUCCUGCUGGAUGGAGGGGAGGGAUCGGCCGCCAGCCGCCGCGACCUGCGGGCCUUUCGCAAGAUGGAGAACAGCCUGGCCCUGGCCAAGGGCGCUCGCCUCACGCACACCCUGCAGUCGCCCUGGGAAGUGGCCGCCCAGUGGGUGGGUCCACGGGAGGUGUACCCAGACGAAACGCCCGAGCUUGCCGCUGUGCUGAACGCCCUUUCCACCGCUCGUGUGGAGAGGGCUGAUGUGGGAUAUAAAGGCACCCAGCUUAAAGCCCUCCUAGUGCUCGACGGAGGACAGAAAGUGGUAUUCAAACCCAAGAGGUACACUAGAGAUUAUGUGGUUGAAGGAGAGCCGUACGCAGGGUACGAUCGGCAUAAUGCAGAAAUUGCUGCUUUCCACUUGGACAGGAUCCUAGGUUUUAGAAGAGCACCCCUGGUGGUGGGGAGGAUUAUGAAUCUGCGUACUGAGAUUAAGCCAGUAGCUACAGAUCAACUGUUGAGCACUUUCCUGAUGCACGGAAAUAAUACAUGUUUCUAUGGGAAGUGUUAUUACUGCCGUGAGACUGAGCCUGCGUGUGCAGAGGGGGAUGUGAUGGAGGGAUCGGUUACCCUGUGGCUCCCCGACGUCUGGCCUUUACAGAAACACAGACACCCAUGGGGACGGACAUACCGAGAGGGCAAACUUGCCAGGUGGGAAUAUGAUGAGAGCUACUGCGAGGCCGUGAAGAAAAUGCCUCCUUACGAUGCUGGGCCACGGCUCCUGGAUGUUAUCGACACAGCCAUCUUUGAUUACCUCAUCGGUAAUGCAGAUCGCCAUCACUAUGAGAGUUUCCAAGAUGAUGGAGGAGCCAGUAUGCUCAUCCUUCUGGACAACGCCAAAAGUUUUGGGAACCCAGGUCUGGACGAGAGGAGUAUUCUCGCCCCUCUUUAUCAGUGUUGCAUGGUCCGUGUUUCCACCUGGAACAGGCUAAACCUGCUAAAAGGUGGAAUGUUGAGUUCAGCGAUGCGACAGGCCAUGGCCCACGAUCCCGCGUUUCCAGUACUAACAGAGCUGCAUCUCGCAGCGCUCGACCGCCGUCUCAACGGUGUGCUGGCCACAGUGCGGCAGUGCAUAGAAACGCAGGGCGCUGACAACACGCUGAUCGAGGACCGCAUGAACCUGCCUCAUCCUUAAACACACUGGAGAAACAAGGGAAGUGAAGAUGUGUUUGACUCUUAAUGCACAGGCUGCUUUUGCCUUCCUGUUAUGAAGCCACAGAAGCGGAGGCCACAAGAAGCCUUAUAAGCCGACCUGGUGGAGUUUGUUUUUCACUGGAUUCAUUCGGGUCAGACCACAGGGGCCAAGAAGAAUCUCCAUACUGUUUUUACUUGCUCUAUGGAUGGAGUGAGGAGGCCUUGACAACAACAUGUAGGUGGACUACACUUGACCUUUUUACUGUUUGUCUUUUUUUCUUUUGCCAUCCAAGUCCGUUUGCUGGAAGAUGGAUCAAAUUUUCAGAGUUAAAGAUGUGGAACUUGGAAUGAGAUCUUUGGAGGAAUUCGACUCAGGAAGCUUGAAAGUGACUAGGACGAAUCCAGAAGACUAUUAAUAGACCCCCCCCCCCCCCCAAUUGAAUCUCCCACAUUGUAUAUACAGAACAAGCUUUUGAAUGAUACUGAGUUAUAAUUUUAUUGAUCUACAGAUAAAAUGAAUUCUGAUAGGUUCACUGUGUUCUAUAUGCAGGAUGAUCACAGUGUUUGUACAGAGCUGGGCGGCUGUUGCUACUGAUGUUCAGAGAAGAUGGUGAAGAUGACAACAUUGUAAGAUUGCUGUGGGGCAUUUUCAACAUUAAAAAUUAAUAUUGAAUCUUACAGAA